UUGGCCCCGUCCUGCUCCGACUGCUGCCCGUCAGCGACCGCAUCGAGCGUCUCAUAACCUGCUCUUCCUGUUCAUAUUUCAUACAUUUGGGGUAUAACAUCUAAAGUAAAGGAUCGAAACGACAAGAUGAGCUCAAUGAAUGUGAAGAACCUGAAAGUAAACGAGCUGAAGGACGAGCUGAAGAAGAGGAGUCUGUGCGAUAAAGGGCUGAAGGCUGAGCUGAUGGCCCGGCUGCAGGCCGCUCUGGAUCAGGAGGCGCUGUCCACCAACGGUUCUGAAGGACAGUACGAGGAUGGAGACGGCCUCGGUGACAUGGGCGAUGAAGACCUUGAGGAAGAUCUGUUUGGAGAGAACAUGGUGGAGGAUGGCGAUAAUGCGGAGGCUGAGGAGCAGCAGGAUGAUGACAUGGAGGAGGAGGAGGAGGAGGAGGACGCCGGGGUAGAGAUGGAUAAAUCAGAUGAAGAUGAAGAUGUCCUGCUCAAAGAAGAUGAUGAAGAGAUGGAGAAAUUUGAUGAGGAUGAUGUGGCUCUCGACGUGGGCCCUGGCGAGGGGGAUGCGGACAAAGACAAGAAUGAUGAACAGAAGAAUAAGAAGGGUGUAAAGAGACGCCGAGAUGAACAUGGAAGGGGCUACUUUGAAUUUAUUGAAGAAAGCAAAUACAGCCGGGCAAAGUCUCCCCAGCCUCCACUGGAGGAAGAGGACGAAGAGUUUGAUGACACAACUGUAUGUUUGGACACUUACAACUGUGACCUGCACUUCAAGGUGUCCCGGGAUCGGUAUAGCGCCUCCUCUCUCACCAUGGAGAGUUUUGCAUACCUGUGGGCCGGCGGACGAGCGUCUUAUGGUGUGGAAAAAGGAAAAGCUUGCUUUGAAAUGAAGAUUAUUGAGAAGAUUCCUGUAAAACACAUUUCCAGUAAAGGAAUUGAGAUUCAUGAUGUCCUGGUGGGUUGGUCUCUGGCCAAUAGCUCUCUUUUGCUAGGGGAGGAAGCGCACUCAUAUGGCUUUUCAUCUAAAGCCAAGAAAACCAGCAACGGUUUGACGGAGGACUUUGGGGAGGCUUUUGAUGAGAAUGAUGUUGUCGGUUGCUUUAUUAACUUUGAUGGUGAAGAAGUGGAAAUCUCCUACUCCAAGAAUGGACAGGACCUGGGAACAGCUUUCAAAGUCAGUAAGGAUGAGCUGGAGGGAAAGCAGUUCUUCCCUCACGUCCUCUGCCACAACUGUGCGGUUGAGUUCAACUUCGGCCAGCGUGAAACCCCGUUUUUCCCCCAACCUGACGGCUUUACGCUCCUGCAGCAGAUCCCUGUUUGUGAUCGCAUCAGAGGACCAAAGGGGCCCGAGACCAAAGAAGACUGUGAGGUCAUUGUCAUGGUUGGACUGCCUGGAUCUGGAAAAACGGAAUGGGUUACAAAGCACACACAAGCCAACCCUGGAAAAUACAACAUUCUUGGAACAAACACAAUCACUGAGAAAAUGAUGAUUUCCAGUUUGAAGCGACAGAUGAAGGAUGUCACAAAGCUCUCAGCGAUAUCUCAGCGUGCUCCCCUCUUCCUCGGGAAAUUCAUCGAGAUCGCUGCACGUAAAAAACGCAACUACAUUCUUGACCAGACUAACAUAUCAGCGCCAGCCCAAAGAAGGAAAAUGUGCCUGUUUGCCGGUUUCCAGCGUAAAGCUGUGGUAGUCUGUCCGACAGAUGAGGAAUAUAUACAGAGGACUCAGAAAAAGGCAGAAACAGAUGGCAAAGAUGUACCUGAACAUGCAGUCCUAAAAAUGAAGGGAAUAUACACGUUGCCUGUGGAAGGUCAGUGCUUCAGUGAAGUGCUUUAUGUCGAGCUGCAGAAGGAAGAAGCUACCAAACUUCUUGAACAGUACAAAGAGGAGAGCAAAAAGUCCCUUCCUCCUGAGAAGAAGCCCAACCAGGGAGGUGUUCAACUAAAGAGGGGAGGCACUUGGGGACGAGGAGGCAAAAAUCUGUUCAACCGUGGUGGAGGAGGACAGGGUCAGAGGGGAGGACGAGGAGGCUUUCAAAACCGAGGCAACUUUAGGGUGCCUGGACCUCGUGGUGGGUUCAGCAGACCACCGAGAGGCUUCCUUCCUCCCCCUGCCUUCCGAGGAGGCUUCAGCCGGGGCAGUUUCAACCGUGGCGGAGGGAUGCCUAACAGAAGUGGUGCCCCCAGGCCGGGACCUGGACGUGGCAAUAUGGUUAACAUGGGUAACAGGGGAGGAGCCAUGAACAGGGGCAACAUGGGACGAGGGGGAGGGGCCAACCGGGGCAACCGGGGCAACUUCAACCAGAAAUUCAGAGGCCGAGGAGGAAACAAUCGAGGUUUUAAAAACGGAAACUUUAGCAUGAACAAAGCACAAGCUUUCAACCAGAGCUGGCAACAAGGGUUCUGGAAUCAGAAGCCAUGGAGUCAACAGUACCAUCCUGGAUAUUACUGAAUAAUAGCUGUGAUGGACUGAUAUCAUAUAAAGAACAUCAGCUUUAACUUCCAAAGUCAGACGUUCAUCUUAUCUAAUGUCCUUUUGUUUUUGUACAGAUUUUAAUAGGACAUUCCAUAUUGGGAGCUUUCAGAGCUUUACAGGU